CUCGCUGGCGGGAUAGUGCAGCAUCGGUUGCGCAGAUAAUCGGCAGAAAGAGAGAGCUACAUAAACAGGCAUCUUGAGCGGAGGAAGUUUGUCUCGCGAACGGCCACGCCCCCUUUUCGCUUUCUGGCCCCCGAACGUGGAUUUAUCCCCGCGCGGAGGCGCGCGCCACACAGUCGCCGUGCAGCGAAUGAAAGCGAAGCGUCGCGAGCCGAUCGCCAUGGACCCCAGACUGUUCGCGCUCAGCGCUCUGCUCGCGCUCGCGGUGUACGCGCACGUGUCGGCGGCAAAGCCCAUCAGCUUGGUGGAGAGGUGCUGGUGCCGGUCCACAGUCAACUCGGUCUCCCCACGGAGCAUCCGGGAGCUAAAAUUCGUCCAAACCGCUAACUGUCCCAUCCAAGUCAUUGCUAAACUGAAGAGCAGCAAGGAGGUCUGCAUUAACCCAGAUCUUAAAUGGCUGCAGCAGUAUGUGAGAAAUGUUGUUAACAAGUAAGGAGAAACGCUUUGUCACAAGUAAGAGAAGUGAUUGCGACAGAGCAAAGAAGACCAAAUAGGAACAACAAACCAUUUAAGCGGCCAGCAGGAUGGCAAGUUGCCCCCACCCCAGCUUCCCUUGCCCUGAGCCAACUACACAGAUAUGUAGCGCACACAGUCCUCUGGAAUGCUCGCUGAACCAGCACUUACCCACCAGACACGCACCCUCAGUGCUGGUUGGCUCCAUGGCUUGUUAGCACCAGGCUAGGCCCAACCUGUCGGCAUAAGCUGUCACCCUGUAUGUGUGAGUGUGUGUCUGAGAGUCCAGUGUAAAUAGAGAUUUAUUUUGCUACUGAAAAGUCAUGAAAAAAAUUGCAAGAUUCCAUCCACCUCCCCAUAGAUUGCUGUUCCUCUGUGCUUCCUGUCCUGAUGAAAGGUCAAAGGCCAUGGAGCGUGGGGACGAGCCCACCAACCUAUUGAGUCACACAUCACACCGCAUAUGUUUCCCUGCCCCUGGGGGGCAGUUAAAGGCCUUGCAACUCUCUUUCUUCACAUACGUGGCUAGCCACAGUGUGACUCCUCUCCUCCUUCCACCACAUAAACCAGUAAGCAGUCAUGUUCUGUACAUUAGAAUGGGCAUUUGCGGUUUUUGAUAGCCAACAGCAGACUCUAUAAAUGUCAUAAAACAUGGGAGGUCGGGUCGGCAGAGUGGCGCCAGCUUUUCGAGAAAGCGGAAUCCAUGCUGCUGUGAAAAGUGGCCUUGUUCAAGUUCUUCAGUUACUGUUGUUGUUUGUGCAUGUAGUCCGCUAUCAGCUCCAGCAAACAAUACUUUGGAUGUUUGCAGGAACUUUCAAAACUAAUGUCAUGGCAUUAAUGUCAGAUGCAGUAUUUUUACACAACACUU